AUGCUCGAACUAGUACAGAAAACUCUUGGUAUUCGCGUCGAAGCAGCCCCGGACACCAUCAGUGACAAUGCGAGUACGAGUACCAUCAUGCCUCCAAGGCGCCCAUUUCCGACAUCAAGGGCUUCGCCCAAGACAGGAAUACUCAAGCGAAGGAGAAUAGCAUCUCCCACUUCAGCAGACAUCACUGGUUCGGGAUCCGCAGAAGCUACUACAGGUGCUGCUGCUGUUGUUGCUAGCAGCAGCAACACGCGAAGGAAAAAGACUACGAUUGCUACCGCGAAAAAGGCGCGUAUGCAGCAACCGCCACCACCUAAAAACAGCGAAGGCAUCCCAUACGUGUUUAUCAAUCACCCACGUUGCGCGAGUGGACUAUCACUGCGCAAGGCGUACAUAUACGACUUUUUCGCAGCCAUUGAGAGCUUAUCCGACGUCCCAGCAACUCGCGAAGAACUACUCAAAUUUGUGCAUGGGCUGGUCCAGGAGGCGGUGGACAAGAUACGAAAUGCUGCAACCGCCGAGCAGAAGAUCCAACCAUGGAGGUGUCAAGACAAAGAUGUUCGAAGAUCUGCAGUCCAAGAUGUGGUUCAAAAAGGAAUCAACCAUGAGCCAUCCAUUCCGUUUGACAAGUGUGAAAAGAAUUGGAUCGCAUACCAGUGGGUGUUGAAGGGCUGGCAUAAAUAUGCAGAGCGCGAGAGAAAGAGCAGAGAGGCGGAAUGGAUUCAACAAGAACAAUUUCUGGAAGAGGAAGAGGAACAGGAGGAGCAAAGAGUGAUGAAUCGUGAUCAACAGCUUCAACAAGAGCAGUUGUUGCAGCAGCAACUAGGACAACUGGAGCAGGAGCUAUCGAAUGUUAUAAAAAACAAGCAUAUCAGCAAGGGUACCUCUACUAAGGCGACGAUAAGACAGGGUAAUAAUCAGCAUGAGCAGCAAGAUUUAGAUAUGCUUCCAACGACAUCCGCAAUAUCAGAUUCGCUGUCUGCCGGUGGCAAGGAAGAUAGUACGGAUCAAGAGGACCACAAGCAGCAGCAGCAGCGACGACAGCGACGAGCACCGAUUGUGGUACCUGCUUCCGAGCCACUGCCUUCUGGAAACGGCGACGGCGAUGACGACAACAAAAGCAACAGCAAUGAGCUGGCCGUACCAUCUGAAGACAUGAGAGCACGGGAUGUUGUGACAAUAUGGAUUCAAAGCCGCAUCGAGCAAACCUUGAUGAGCAUCACAAAUAGCCAACAAGAAAUCGAUGAAAUUUUAGGUGUAAGCGAAGAUAUCAACAACAGCAGCAACAGCAUGCCAAUAGCAGUAGAAAACUGCCUCGGCAAAGAUGACGACGGAAGUGCGGGAACAGCGAUGGUCGAAGCAGCGACACCGGACAUUUGCGAAAGCAAUCUUGGCCGUCGCCGGCGACUCAACACCAGCAAGUUGAAGCUCAUAAUGGCUGUCAUGGAAGAUCAGGGAAAGCCAAUCCACCGGGUCUUUGUGAACGAUGGGAUUCUGCGGCGACUUCAAAUAAGAAUAGUACGCGCUCGGGAAGCAGCAGCAGCAGCCGCUGCUAAUGAGCCCUCAUCGUCGUCAUCAUCAUCAGAAGAAGGCAAUAGUAGCCGUUGCAGUAGUGGUGAUGAAACGGACAAAUGA